CAGUUUGACUCUUAGUCUUCGCUACCUCACUGCCUCGUCGAUUCUUAAAUCUCUUCAUCAUUAAGCUUUCAGUAAAAAUAAAACAUAAAACCCACUUCCUUUAACCCAAAAAAGAAAAGCCAAACUGCUUCUUGAUCUUGUAAAACCUGUUUGAAACAGAACACACAUUGCACUGAUGGGUUGGCUAGUUUUUCUUAAGCUCUCAGCAAAGUUUUUCACUGUUCUUUCCUGGCCUUCGUUUAGUUUGGUUUAUGCCCUGUAUGCUUCCAUUCAGGCCGUUCAGAGUGACUCUCACUCCAGAAAUCAGCGAUGUCUUGCUUACUGGGUUUUGUUUGCUUUAUACAAAAUCUCAGAGUCAACGCUUGCAAAGCUUUUCUAUUGGCUUCCACUCUGGCCUUAUACAAAGGGUGUCAUUACGGUCCUUCUGGUGUUACCCUACUUCCAUGGUGCUUCUUAUCUGUAUGAGCAUUUUAUCAGGUCCUAUAUUUCUGAGUAUUCAUUUAUCUGGAAAUGGAACUUCUUGUCCAUACCAAGGGUAAAAGGUAUAUUUUCGAGGCGGGACAGCUACCCUGAUGUGGUUGAUAAAAGUGUUAUCAGCAUGGAACCACAAGAAUUAGCAAAACCUGUCAUAUUUCAGGGAAUACCGGCGUCCAGUUCUGAAGCAAUAGCAAGGGAGAGCGCUUUGCCAAGUAGUCCAAAGAAAAUUCAGAGGGAGUGGAGCUGUGCUCUUUGUCUAAUUAACGCUAGCAGUGAAAAUUGUUUGAAGGAGCACAUCCAAGGUAAGAAACAUGUCUUGCAAGUAGAAGCACUACGAGUAAGACAGGUCCCCGUUGGUGGAUACAAAUCUUCCCUGAAGCUGAAGAGAACAAAUGGAAGGGUUUUACUUGAUAACUUGAAUCAAAUUGCUAGAGCCAACUUGGAAAAAUGGGGUGGCAUUCUAAGACCAAUUAGAUUGUGCAGAUGGAAAAAGCCAGAGGUUGGAUGGACAAAAUUAAAUACUGAUGGAUCUGUAGUAUCAGGAAAUGCUGGUUUUGGGGGUCUACUUCGUAAUUAUAAGGGUGAACCAAUAUGUGCCUUUGUCUCUAAAGCUCUAGGGGAUGAUAUUUUCUCGGUUGAAUUAUGGGCUAUAUGGAGAGGCCUUGUUCUUGCCUCGGGGCUUGGGAUUAAAGUAAUAUGGGUUGAGUCUGAUUCAUUGAGCGUUGUGAAGACAAUUAAUCGAGAUCAGCCUUACAGUAUGAAGGCUGGUAGCUGUUUGAAGCAUAUCUGGGACCUUCUAAAGAAAUUUGACAAGCACUGUGUAUCUCAUUCAUGGCGUGAAACUAACAGGGCUGCUGAUCAUCUUUCAAAAAUGGUUCUUUCUGUGAGUGACGUCGUUUUUUGGCCAGGUGAUUUUCCUGAUAGCCUUAAUAAAAUUAUCAAGGAGGAUGCUGAAGGCAGGAUAUACUGUAGAAGUUGACUCCUAAUUUCAAGUUGCCUAUGGUUACCACAUUCGAACAGACACCAGAAAAGAAAAAAAGAAAAAAUCAAGGGAACAUGCACAUUGGUAUUGCUUGGAUUAAGUGAGAACAGAACUAGGGUUACGAUCCUUGAUAUCAUGAUCCAGGAGAAAUGAGGUAGGAGUGUUUCCUAUGGUUUGUAAUGUAAUCCACCCUAUGCUGGCAGUAAUGAAGGUGGUGUGGAAGUCAUAAAAAUUGACAACCUCAGACCUAACUUUUCCUGGUGAUAUGAGGUAAUGUUAAUUUUGCUAACGGAAUUUUGUAAAUUAUAACUACCAUCUAAAUAGUAGAAAGUGAAUCUGUUGUGCAAUAGUUUAGUGGUAUACUUAGCCGUUGAUUAUGUAUCAUAUCCUGUACGUUAUCUAGGAACAUACUUGUAUGAGCGAAGCUGAGUUCGUUUCUCAAAAUGAAUUUCUGCUACCCUGACGGAAUAUAACACAUGAUUUGGUCAUUGUCUAUUUAUAUGA